UGGGACUUUGAAAACACCUGUGUGGAAUCAACCCGAAUAUGGACCUGUAAUGCAUUUCGGUGUGGGGAGGCCAGGCUGGAGUCUAGCCUUUGCUCCUGCUCUGAUGACUGUUUGCAGAGGAAAGAUUGCUGUGCUGAUUAUAAGAGCGUUUGCCAAGGAGAAACACCGUGGGUGAAAGAAGAAUGUAGCACAUCGCAACCAUCUCAGUGUCCAGAAGGGUUUGACCUACCACCAGUUAUCUUGAUUUCCAUGGAUGGCUUUCGGGCUGAGUAUUUACAAACCUGGUACAAGUUCAUGCCGAACAUCAAUAAACUGAAGACAUGUGGAACUCAUUCAAAAUACAUGAGGGCUGUCUAUCCCACCAAAACCUUCCCAAAUCACUACACCAUCGUCACAGGUUUAUAUCUAGAAUCACAUGGCAUUAUUGACAAUAAUAUGUAUGAUGUAAAUCUCAACAAGAAUUUUUCUCUUUCAUCAAAAGAGAAAGAUAAUCCAGCCUGGUGGGGAGGACAGCCAAUUUGGCUGACAGCCAUGUACCAGGGCUUAAAAUCUGGUACCUUCUUUUGGCCAGGGUCAGAUGUGGCUAUCAAUGGCACCUUUCCUGCCAAAUACAUGGUCUAUAACAAAUCUGUCCCAUAUGAAGAGAGGGUCUCUACAUUGUUGAAAUGGAUGGAUCUGCCCCCAAAUGAAAGACCCAGUUUUUAUACCUUCUAUGUGGAAGAGCCUGAUUCUGCAGGACAUAAUGCUGGGCCAGUUAGUGCUGAUGUAGUUCAAGCCUUACAGUUGGUCGAUCAAACUUUUGGAAUGUUGAUGGAAGGCCUAAAACAGCGGAAUCUACACAAUUGUGUCAAUAUUAUCCUUUUGGCUGAUCACGGAAUGGAUCAAACUUACUGUGACAAAAUAGAAUAUAUGACAGAUUAUUUUCCCAAAAUAAACUUCUACAUGUACGAAGGGCCUGCUCCUCGCAUCAGGUCUCGGAAUAUACCUCAAGACUUCUACACCUUUAACUCUGAAGAAAUUGUGAAGAACCUCACAUGCCGAAAAGCUGGCCAGCAUUUCAAACCAUAUUUGACGCCCGAUUUACCGAAGCGACUGCACUACGCCAAGAAUGUCCGGAUCGACAGAGCCCAUCUCAUGGUGGAUCGGCAGUGGCUGGCUGUGAGGAGUAAAGCAUAUACAUUCUGUGGAGGAGGCAAUCAUGGUUAUAACAACGAGUUUAAGAGCAUGGAGGCUAUCUUCCUGGCACACGGGCCGGGUUUUAAAGAGAAGACUGAAGUGGAACCAUUUGAAAAUAUUGAAAUCUAUAACCUACUGUGCGAUCUCCUCCGCAUUCACCCGGCACCAAACAAUGGUUCCCACGGCAGUUUAAACCACCUUCUAAAGGAACCUUUUUAUCAACCAUCUCAUCCAGAGGAAGUGUCAAAGUCUUCUGUUUGUGGCUUCACUGAUCCAUUGCCCACAGAUUCUUUAAAUUGCGUAUGUGCUGAGCUACAAGACGAGAAUGAACUAAGACGCAUGAAUCAAAGGCUGGAUCUCAACGCAAGUGAAGUAACAGCAACACAGAAAGAAAAUAUGCCAUUUGGGAGGCCCAGGGUGAUGCAGAAGGACAAGGACCACUGCCUCCUGUACCACAGAGAGUAUGUCAGUGGCUUUGGGAAAGCCUUCAGGAUGCCCAUGUGGAGUUCAUAUACCGUCCCUAAGCCGGGAGACACACUGCCUCUUCCUCCCUCUGUCCCAGACUGUCUGCGGGCUGAUGUCAGGGUCGUCCCUUCUGAGAGCCAAAACUGUUCCUUCUACUUAGCAGACAAGACGGUCACCCACGGCUUCCUCUACCCUCCUGAAAACAAUAGAACCUCUGAUAGUCAAUAUGAUGCUUUAAUUACAAGUAACUUGGUCCCUAUGUAUGAAGAAUUCAAAAAAAUGUGGCAUUACUUCCAUCGUGUUAUUCUUCUCAGACAUGCCAUAGAGAGAAAUGGAGUAAAUGUGGUUAGUGGGCCAGUUUUUGAUUAUAAUUAUGAUGGCCAUUUUGAUGCUCCUGAUGAAAUUACAAAGUAUUUGGCCAACACCAGUGUUCCCAUCCCCACACACUACUUUGUGGUGCUGACUAGUUGUAAAAACAGGAGCCACACUCCCAACGACUGCCCUGGCCAGCUGGACGUUCUGCCCUUUAUCAUCCCUCACCGACCUACCAACGAGGAGAGCUGCCCCGAAGGUAAGUCUGAAGCUGUUUGGGUUGAAGAAAGAUGGAAUGCGCAUCUUGCUCGGGUUCGCGACGUGGAGCUUCUUACUGGACUUGACUUUUAUCAGGAAAAAGCACAGCCUGUCUCUGAGAUUUUGCAACUAAAGACUUAUUUACCCAUACUCGAAACCCUUAUUUAGGCUAAAAGACAUAGACUCACUAUGAAUCAGAGUCUGCUCAAUGAUAGUGAGGGUGUUUUUUGGAAUAUUUAAUAACACAAAUUUGAUAAGAUUAUUUUCCUUGUAGAAGAAUCAGAAAUUAAUUUUUCUAUUUUUCUAUGGUCCUUACUUUUAUGUACUCACUCAUUUCUUUUUCAUUUCUAUGAGCAUGUAUUAUUUUGAAUUCACUUUUUUGGCACAGAAGUUGAGCUAUGUGACUAUUACAUUUCUAUCCAUUCAUA